AUGGUCCGCUUCCUCGGUAGCAUCGGCAGCAUCGUCGCCGACGGCGCUUUGCCCAAGCUCAUUCUUAUCGGUACGAAGGAGACGCCGGGCGUCGAGCUCGGUGGGCGCAUCCUCGAGCAGCUCUUGCACACGGUCAGCAAGGCCCACGAGCCCAAGAGUGCUAAGGCCAGCGUCCCCGCGUCGACCUUGAAGAUUCUCCAGCACGCGAUCUCGCAGCUCACGCCCAACACGGACACGCCCGUGUCGUCGCAUCUCUACUUGCCGCUCGGUGACCACGUUGUGAGCUGCGUCGUCGCGCAGCUGCCGACGGCCGUCUCGCGCCACAACUCGCUCGCUCGCCCGCACUCGAUCAGCUCCAUCGUCAAGGGCAACGUCUCGGACAAGUCGGAGACGCUUGUCGGUCUUGCCUUGCCGCAGCACUCGCAGACGCUUAUGGCUGCUGGUGUCGCUGUCGCCAAGGGCGUGUCGCACUACAGCCACAAGUCGGCGUCGCUCUCCGGCGUCAUCGUCGAGGGUGUGGCGGAGACGCCCGUCAAGGCCGACCGCGUCCACGUCGUCUUCAACGACGGCCUCGAGGACGAAGAAGUGUCGUUUUUGAACGCGACCGCCGACGGUGUCCACCUCGCCCAGCGCCUCGUCGAUGCGCCGCCGAACGAGCUCCACACGGAUGCGUACAUUGCCGAAGCCCAGGCCGUCGCCGCGCGCACGAACGCCGAGGUCACCAUCAUCCGCGGCGAAGAGCUCCGUGAGCGUGGUUUUGGCGGCAUCUACGGCGUCGGCCAGGCCGCGCUCCACCCGCCGGCCCUCGUCGUGCUCAGCCACUACCCGACCGAAGAGUCCAAGGAUGCCAAGAGUGUCGCGCUCGUCGGCAAGGGCAUCGUGUACGACACGGGUGGUCUCUCGCUCAAGAUCUCGGGCUCCAUGGUUGGCAUGAAGCGCGACAUGGGCGGCUCGGCGGCGCUCCUUGGUGCCUUUGAAGCUGCCGUCACCUCGGGCAACGCGGGUAUCAAGCACCCGCUGCACCUCGUGCUCUGCCUCGCUGAAAACUCGGUGGGCCCGAACGCGACGCGCCCCGAUGACGUCCACACCAUGUACUCGGGCAAGACGGUCGAGAUCAACAACACGGACGCCGAAGGUCGCUUGGUCCUCGGCGACGGUGUCGCGUACGCGGUCAAGCACCUCAACCCGGAGGUCGUCUUGGACAUGGCGACGCUCACGGGCGCGCAGGGUAUCGCGACGGGCAACCGCGUCGGUGCCAUCGUGACCAACAGCGACGAGCUCGAGGCGAUUGCUGUCCGCGCCGGCAAGGCGUCGGGCGACCUCUGCCACUCGAUGCCCGCGGUCGCCGACAUGAAGAACUCGGUCAAGAACCGUGCCAACGCGCAAGUGAGCUGCGCCGGUCAGUUCAUCGCCAACCACCUCGGCGCGUACGAGACGAACGGCAAGUGGAUCCACGUCGACAUGGCGUACCCCGUGAGCACGGACGACGAGCGCGCGACGGGCUACGGCGUCGGCCUCGUCCAGGCCAUCCUCCAGCAGCUCAACCAGUAA